UGCGUAGCAAAAGUAAGUUGGUGAAGAAGGUGUGUAAUCUUGAGUGUCUUUUUUUUUGCAGGUUAUACAGAGCCAUUGGAUGAAGAUAUUGAGAUCUUGGUCCCUGAUGAUGACCAUGGACUCUAUGCAAUUGACAUUCUAGAUCCAUCCUGGUUUGUAAAGCUUUGUCACUUGACGGAGGUGUAUCACUUUCACGAUAUGAUAGAAAUGCUGGUUGGAUGUGGUUACAAGAAGGGGACUACACUAUUUGGAUACGGUUACGAUUUCAGACAAAGCAAUAGGAUUGAUCAACUCAUGGUCGGUCUCAAAAAGAAGCUGGAAACUGCAUAUAAAACUUCAGGGGAGAGGAAAGUCACUAUCAUCUCCCACUCAAUGGGAGGAGUUAUGGUUUCCUGUUUCAUGUUUCUCUAUCCCGAGGUUUUCUCCAAGUAUGUUGGUAAAUGGAUUACAAUUGCAACUCCUUUCCAAGGAGCUCCAGGGUGCAUCAAUGAUUCACUCUUGACUGGAGUGCAGUUUGUGGAAGGCUUAGAAAGCUUCUUUUUCGUAUCACGAUGGACCAUGCACCAACUGUUGGUAGAGUGUCCAUCUAUAUAUGAGAUGAUGGCAAAUCCAGAUUUUAAGUGGAAGAAACAACCUGAGAUUCGAGUUUGGCGUAAGAAAACUGAAAAGGACAACGAUGACACUUCUGUGGAAUUGGAAACAUUUGGAUUAACUGAGAGUAUUGAUCUAUUCGACGAUGCAUUGAAGAAUAACGAGCUAAGCUAUGGUGGGAAUAAAAUAGCGUUACCGUUUAACUUUUCUAUCCUUGAGUGGGCGAGUAAGACGAGAGAGAUUCUCAAUAAAGCGAAACUUCCUGAUGGAGUUUCCUUCUAUAACAUUUAUGGAGUGGCACAGGAUACGCCUUUUGAUGUUUGUUAUGGCACAGAGACUUCUCCAAUUGGGGAUUUGUCUGAAAUAUGUCAAACUAUGCCUGAGUAUACAUAUGUAGAUGGAGAUGGAACUGUACCAGCUGAAUCAGCAGCAGCUGCUCAGUUCAAAUCAGUUGCGAGUGUAGGAGUGUCCGGAACCCAUAGAGGACUCCUCCAUGAUAAAAGAGUGUUUGAACUCAUCCAGCAAUGGCUAGGAGUUGAGCCUAAGAAGACUAAACGAAAGCACUCAAGGACUCGCAAAGUUGCUGCUUCUGGUUAAAAUCCAAAGCCUAAACUUAAAAAAAAAACUUGUAUGAAUAAAUUAAAACAAAGAACUGCCUGUGAUGUGAUCAUUUUUUAAUUAUAUGUAAACUGUGACAUGUAUGUGCCAUGUAAAGGAGCAAGCUUUGUGAUUUGUUAAUAAAGAACGAAUAAAAAUGUGGACUUUUCUGUAAAUACAA